GUGACAAAAAAAAAAAUAGUCACUGUGUAUUUGUUCUGUCUGUUGUAGGUUAACAAAGCCCCUGUCCUUUGCUGACUGUGUUGGGGAUGAGCUGCCAUGGGGAUGGGAAGCAGGGUUUGACCCUCAAAUUGGUGUCUACUACAUCGAUCACAUCAACAAAACCACGCAGAUAGAAGACCCAAGAAAACAAUGGCGAGGGGAACAGGAGAAAAUGCUCAAGGACUAUCUCUCAGUGGCUCAGGAUGCACUCAGGACCCAGAAGGAGCUCUAUCAUGUGAAGGAGCAAAGACUGGCUUUGGCCCUAGAUGAAUAUGAACGAUUAAAUGAUGCCUACAAGGAAAAGUCAAGUUCUCGCACAAGCCUUUUCUCAGGAUCUUCAUCCAGUACUAAGUAUGAUCCUGAUAUCUUAAAAGCUGAGAUCUCAACUACGAGAUUAAGGGUUAAAAAGCUGAAGAGAGAACUUUCACAGAUGAAGCAAGAACUGCUCUAUAAAGAACAAGGCUUUGAAACAUUGCAGCAAAUUGAUAAAAAAAUGUCUGGAGGCCAGAGUGGGUAUGAACUUAGUGAAGCCAAAGCCAUUCUAACUGAACUGAAAUCUAUCAGAAAGGCAAUUAGCUCAGGAGAAAAAGAAAAACAAGAUCUGAUGCAGAGUCUUGCUAAGCUGCAGGAGCGGUUUCAUUUGGAUCAGAACAUUGGCAGAUCUGAGCCAGAUUUGAGAUCCAGUCCUAUGAAUUCUCAGUUAUCUCUUUCCAGACAGACCCUUGAUGCUGGGUCACAAACAAGCAUUUCUGGAGAUAUCGGAAUAAGAAAUAGAUCAAAUUUAGCUGAAAAAGUCAGGCUAAGCCUACAGUAUGAAGAAGCCAAAAGAAGUAUGGCCAACUUAAAAAUCGAACUGUCAAAGCUUGACAGUGAAGCCUGGCCUGGAGCACUGGAUAUUGAGAAAGAGAAGCUGAUGCUGAUUAAUGAAAAAGAAGAAUUUUUGAAAGAGCUGCAGUUCAUCACUCCACAAAAACGCACACAAGAUGAAUUGGAAUGCCUGGAAGCCGAAAGGCAGCGGCUAGAGGAAGAGCUGCUGUCUGUGCGAGGCACACCUAGCCAGGCUCUGGCCCAGAGAUUGAAAUUGGAAGAGAAAAGAAAAGAGCUGCUACAGAAACUUGAAGAAACUACUAAAUUAGCUACUUACUUGCAUUCACAACUUAAAAGCCUCUCUGCCAGCACGCUGUCCAUGUCGUCGGGGAGCAGCCUGGGUUCCCUGGCGUCCAGUCGAGGCUCUCUGAACACCUCCAGCAGAGGGUCACUCAACUCCCUCAGUUCCAGUGAGCUCUACUACAGCAGUCAGGGCGAUCAGAUCGACGUGGAUUAUCAGUAUAAACUGGACUUCCUUCUGCAGGAGAAGGGUGGUUAUGUUCCUGCAGGGCCUAUCACCACCAUCCAUGAAAAUGAGGUGGUGAAGUCCCCCAGUCACCUGGGUCAGAGUGGACUCUGUGGAGCACCGGUUGCAGCAACUGGCCACACACCCACCUUGACGGAGGCUCCCAAGUCUGUGACGUCCCUGUCCUCGAGAUCUUCCCUUUCUUCCUUGUCCCCUCCUAGCUCUCCUUUGGUCGUAGAAGCCACAUUUCCCAUGUCUUCCCAUGAGGCCUCUCUCCAUCAGUUCAUUCCUGACUUUGAAGACUGCGAAUUGAGUGGCCAUUUUGCAGAUAGCAGCCUUGGUGAAAAUCAGAUAUUGCUGAAUGCAGAUUCAGGAGGAAUAGCCCAGUCUCUUUUAGAGGAUAAAGACCAUAAUGACUGUGCUAGGGAGCCAUUAUUUGAAGGAACUACAGAUGUGGAAAAAUCAUUACCAAAAAGAAGAAUAAUCCAUUUGCCUGGGGAGAAAACGGCUUGUGUGUCUGCUGCUGUAUCUGAUGAGUCUGUAGCUGGAGACAGUGGGGUUUAUGAAGCCUCCGUGAAACAGCCUAAUGAAAUGGAAGAUGCUCCAUAUAGCGAAGAGGAUGCAGCCGUAGUGGAAUCUGCCCAGGUGCAGAUAGGACUCAGAUACGAUGCAAAAAGUUCGAGUUUCAUGGUGAUUAUAGUACAACUGCGAAAUCUGCAUGCCUUCUUGAUACCUCAUACUUCAAAAGUGUAUUUUAGGGUUGCUGUUCUUCCUUCCUCAACUGAUGUCAGCUGUUUAUUUCGAACAAAAGUCCAUCCACCCACAGAGUCUGUGCUGUUCAACGAUGUAUUCAGAAUGGCCAUUUCCCAAACAACCUUGCAGCAGAAGACACUGAGAGUUGAUCUUUGCUGUGUCAGUAAACACCGCAGGGAAGAAUGCCUGGCCGGAACUCAGGUCAGCCUGGCAGAUUUACCAUUUUCCAGUGAGGUUUUCACUCUGUGGUACAAUUUGCUCCCUUCCAAGCAAGUGCCUUGCAAGAAGAGCGAAGAGGAAAAUGAGGCCUCUGCAUUUCAGUCAAACCCGCCAUCAGCAGAUUCUAUAGACUUGGAUGCAGUGUCAGCCUUGCUUGCGAGAACAUCGGCUGAGCUGUUAGCUGUUGAACAAGAAUUAGCACAAGAAGAAGAGGAAGAACCGGAGCCAGAAGAAGAGCAUCAGGGUCUAGAAGGAGACUGGUUAACAAUGCUGAGAGAGGCCUCUGGUGAAAUUGUGGCUGAAAAAGGGGCUGAAGUUAAGUUGGCAGAAGACAGUAGCUUCACAGAGGAUUUAGAUUCAUGCGCUAACUCGCCUGAGAUGAAUGAAGACAGGUGUAGGAAAGAAAAUGAGUGUGCCAGAAACCAUACAAGAGAGUUACCUACUGGAAUACCUGCCCUGGUUGACAAAGAGACAAAUACCGAUGAAGCAGUUAGUGACAGCAUGGCAGUUCGCCCCAAAGACCGCAGCAACCUGAGCUCUCGACAGCAUCCUUUUGUAAGGAGCAGCGUGAUAGUGCGCUCCCAAACAUUUUCUCCAGGAGAGCGGAGCCAGUACAUCUGCAGGUUAAAUCGAAGUGACAGUGACAGUUCAACUUUGGCUAAAAAAUCACUCUUUGUGAGAAACUCCACUGAACGGCGCAGUUUGCGGGUCAAAAGGACACUUUGCCAGCCAGUCCUCAGAAGAACAGCCCAAGAAUGCCCGGUACGCACAUCUCUAGACCUAGAACUGGACCUUCAGGCCUCUCUAACCCACCAGAGCCGCCUCAAUGAUGAGCUGCAGGCCCUGAGGGACUUGCGGCAAAGGCUGGAGGAGCUAAAAGCUCAGGGAGAGACGGACCUUCCCCCGGGUGUGCUGGAGGACGAGAGAUUCCAAAAGCUCCUGAAACAGGCGGAGAAACAGGCUGAGCAGUCAAAAGAAGAGCAGAAGCAAGAUUUAAAUGCCGAGAAGUUGAUGAGGCAGGUCUCCAAGGACGUGUCCCGGCUUCGGGAGCAGAGCCGGAAGGUGCCUCAGCAGGUGCAGUCGUUCAGGGAGAAGAUUGCCUACUUCACCCGAGCGAAGAUCAGCAUCCCUUCCCUGCCAGCUGAUGACGUGUGACCCAUGGCAGGACACAUUGCUUCUCACCUGUUCACUUUCUUAGGGAGGGCAGAAGACUGAACAUUUGCUUUGUUUUCGUUUUGUUUUGUUUUUUGUAGCAUAACUGUCAGCUCUUAUUCACACAAGAUUGUCAACCAGAUGUCAAUUUGUAAAGUACCUUUUGUUUAAUGUCCUGUAUGUUUAAAGAAGAAAAAUCAGAUAUCAAAACUGGGCCGCGCUGGUACACAAAUGCUGCACGUGUGCGUGUUUCCACUGCAGUGGACCUUAUUGCAUACAGUGCAAUAGAGGCAGCGCCAGUGUUUGUCCAUUCAGCUGGGCCCAGCAGAAGGUGGUCUUGGCUUUCUCUGCUUCCUGUGAGCAGACUGUGAAGGGCUUAGUGCUGUGUGGCAUUUCUGAAGUAAGAGCAGCUCCUUCCUUGGAAGGGGAGCCUGGUAUAGGUGUGAGCACACAGCUGCAAGGCCAGCCGAGAUAGGUGUUCUGUUCAUCCCCAUUACCUUUGUUGGAACACAUUUUUCCUUAACAGGGUUGUUUAGAGAAAACAAAAAUGAAAAAUAAUGAGUACAACAGUAGAAGAACACAAAGGAGCAGUGCCCCUGACUACACUAAGAGCUUGUAACCCGUAGCAUUGAGGGUGAGAACAGAGAGAAGACAAUGCAGUUAUCUUAAAACACACUCAAGGAACACAGCAACUGAGCAGCUGCUGCUUCUGACCUGACCUGAAUUUGCAAGAUUUCCCAUGUGAGUUUCUGGCCUUCUCCAGGGUUUCUUCCCUGACGCCGAGGAGUAGCAUGUGUGGCCCUGGGCUCUGAGGACAGACAGUACUGGUGAUGCGGAGGGAAACAUCCGCACGCAUGUGGUGACGCCAAGAACAGAGGAAAGGCUGUGUCUUAAGUGAAUCAGAGUUGCCAAAAGAAAAAAAAAGCUUGUCCAACACACUUCUGACAUCUACUAGAAAUUUCCUUGCAGCCCUCAGUUGAAGGGCAUUCUGUCUAUAACCGGUGUUAGGUCGCUGGGAAGCAAAGGAAAGAGUAUGCCUAGAAGUGUUAUUAAUUUGAAGUAAUAAUGGGCCAAAUCAUGUGUUUAAAAUAAAAAAGAAGAAAGAACGAAAGAAAAAACUAUCCUGGAUGAAUGAGUUCAAAGAUAUAAACUGACAAAAGUGUCAGGUCCUCCAAUUUAAAAUUUUAUCUUACCCAGUGUGGGCACGUCUUUAAAAAGUUAAGUGCUCAGUAUGGCUUUGCCAGCAUAAAUACUAAGUUUUUAAAAUACUUAAACUUUAGGCCAUUUAAACCAUACUUAUUUCUCAGUGUGGUAUACUGGAAAGUGCAGUGUUAGGUUAGCCAUCUUAUAUAGCAAAGCAAAUCAGUUCCUUUAGAAAUAAAAAAUUAUCUUAAAAUAAUGGACCCCUUAAAGGAAAAGAUCUGUUCCUUUUGCUUGAAGCCUCAUUUGCAUAAUUUUUAUUUUCUUAAAACUACUUAUACAUAAUUAUCAGAAUAAGAGUUCAAAUUAAGCAGUUUCUGAGCCUAAAAUUUUAAUUUUUUUCUAAAUGUUUCACCACUAUAUACAAAUUUCUUUGAAAAUAUAACUGGACGUGACCCUGCUUUGAACAGAAGUCAGCCUAGUGGUCAACUGAAUCUAGUCCUUCGUGGCUGUGCAGGUUGUUUUGUUGGAUGACUAAGGAAAACUAGAAAAAGAAUACCAUUCUUCCUUGCUGAGAUUAAAUGUGAAAGACAGAAGUUUAUUUAAUGUAGAGUUAAAUGAAGGUCAGCUGUUUUCAGCUUCUUAGUCUGACCAUGAAAAUGUGUAUAGAACUGUGUGUAGUUCUACCGUACGAUUUUAUUUUCUUCAUUUAUUUAUUUACGGUCUUAUUUAUGUUCUGUUUAAUAUAUAGUUUGGUUCGGCCAUUUUAAAUGUUUGACAUAGAAGAGGCUAUAUUGGAGUAUUUACAGCUUUAUAAAUCUUCAUCAGAUCAACUGUUAACUUUUUGUAGUACAAAAAGUUUCAGACAAGUAUUAAAGAAACAAAAUCUGUCUCUGGCUGAUAGUUAACAAUUGUGACCAAGAAGCUUUGGGUUUUAUGUUAUAAAAUUUUCUCAUUUCUAACAUGAGAGGCAAACUUAUUUUGAUAUAAUCCUUUUCCACAUUUUAAAAAUCAGCAAUAAUAUUCUUUAUUUAUAGGCAGCUUUUAAUAACCCCAUCAUAUUUGUACUAACCCAAUGAUUCACAGUGAUGAGACAUUUUACUAACUUGAUCACAAAACCAUAUGGACAAAUAUGAAUUUUAAUAUUAUAAAUACUAUUUUAAAGAGGUAGAAUUUAUUCUGCACAGGGUAAAAAGAAUAUAAUAUUUAGUUGUCAACUUUGAAUUAUCAGUAUGUUAUUACAGUUUUGUAUAUCAGAAUCUUAAGUAUUACAGGUACAAAAAGAAUAUUACUAGCCAAAUGAACAAAGUUUAGUUGAAUCUCUCUAGUAUGCAAAUCAAAUAAAUUUAAAAUCU